AAAGGGCACUUGCUCUGUCCAUUUCCCUCGCUCUCUCUCUCUCUCUCUGUUACUCACUCCCAGCUUUCCCACUCUCCGAAUACCACUUCACAUUACUCUGUUUUCUGUUUUUGGGGAGUAAAAGAGGGAAGAAGGAUCCGAGAAAGUGAGAGUAGGCUGUGAGGAUGGUUUGGAGCUCAACAUCAACCAGAUGGGUCUCUGUCCCUGUGCUUCUUCUUCCUCUUCUUGUUCAUUUAACUGCUGGACAAGUCCAAGAUGGUCUGUUAAUCAACGGUGAUUUCGAAACCCCGCCGUCCGGCGGCUUCUCCAACGAAGACUUGGGAGACGGCCACACGGCGAUCCCUGGGUGGAAAUCGAACGGCACGGUGGAGCUGAUCACGUCGGGGCAGAAGCAGGGCGGGAUGAUCCUGAUCGUGCCGCAGGGCAGGCACGCCGUGCGGCUGGGCAACGACGCCGAGAUCCGGCAGGAGGUGAAGGUGGAGAAGGGGUCGGUCUACUCGAUCACGUUCAGCGCGGCGCGGACCUGCGCGCAGAUGGAGUCGCUGAACGUGUCGGUGGCGCCGCAGUGGACUUCGCAGACCAUCGACCUGCAGACGUUGUACAGCGUACAGGGUUGGGACGACUACGCCUGCGCGUUCCAGGCAGAGUCCGACACCGUGGCCGUCGUCUUUGCCAACCCCGGCAUGGAGGACGACCCCACCUGCGGCCCCAUUAUCGACGACGUCGCCAUCAAGAAGCUCUUAAACCCCGAUAAACCCAAAGACAAUGCGGUGCUCAACGGGGAUCUGGAAGUAGGGCCAUGGAUGUUUAGAAACGAAUCUCUGGGCAUUCUCUUGCCAACCAACUUGGACGAAGAAACGUCUUCAUUGCCUGGGUGGAUAGUGGAAUCGAACAGGGCCGUCCGAUACAUCGACUCGUACCAUUUUGCAGUGCCGCAAGGCAAGCGUGCGAUCGAGCUGCUUUCAGGAAAGGAGGGCAUAAUCUCGCAGAUGGUUGAAACCACGCCAAACAAGCAAUACAAGUUGAGCUUUGCGCUGGGCCAUGCGGGGGACUCCUGCAAGCAGCCCCUCGCAGUCAUGGCCUUCGCCGGCGAUCAAGCUCGAAACAUUCAUUACACCCCGGAUUCCAAUGCCACCUUCCAAAUUGCCGAUGUGAAUUUCACGGCCAAGGCCGAGAGGACGAGGGUUGCAUUCUAUAGCGUGUAUUACAACACAAGGAGCGAUGACAUGAGCUCGUUGUGUGGGCCGGUGGUCGAUGAUGUCUGGGUGGCCUUGUCGGGAUCUUGCAGGAAUGUGGUUAGAAGCUCAUCGGGCUUGAUCUUCGGACUGUUGGUGGUUUUCAUUUUGGUUGUAGUUUAGAAUUAGGUCCAAAAAUUUAGAGUUCCGGAGGAAGAAACAGGAUUGUGUGGAUUGUGUUUGUACCGGAGUGUUGCUUGGGAAGGGAAAGGUGGGUGGAUUUGGCCUUUUGGGUUUUGGAAGUUUGUUAUCAGAAAAGAAAAUUGAGGAUAUGCCCUUGGAUUUGGGCUGUCUUUGGUGAAA